CAAUCAAUAUCCGCCGUAAUCAUGCAGUUAGGUAAGGUUGGGGAAAAAGCACAUCCACCGCAUUCAAUGCAUCGAACUAUUUAUUAACGUUGAGUUCCCACGUGGUUAUUUUUUUUACUAAACUUGAAAGCAAUUCUCACAUCUUUGUUACUAAGUCCUAUACUCACGAAGAUUGUUCUGAAAUUGGUUGUAAGUGAUAAUUAGCGAUUAAGUAAGAAUUAACGAUGCCGAUGCCAGUAUUGUACAGCUAUUUCGGAUCACGAAUUGAUAAUAAUUAUAUACUUUUGUUCUCGUCAUUACUUUGGGAAUGAGAUGUUGAAUAAGAAUGGAAAAUUACCAGAAAUAAAUGUAAACUCCGGCAAAGACAGACUCAAUAUGCAUUUCAUUGAAUCAUGUAAUCAAAACGCAAUCGAUGCUAUGAAAUAUUUCGCAUAGAUGCAUGUUUUGUACUCCUGUUUUCCCACAGUAUAAUAGACUGGUUUGUUUUGCUUGCCCUCCACACCAGUGACAGGGAAUGUGUUUGUGCGUACCCAGUCACUGUUUCGUAAGGCUCGUUCGCGCUAGUGUUUGUCACUAUUGACUCCGUCUUUGUUUAUUGAUGUAACAAUCGCCCAACGCUACAUUGGACGCACUACCACGAAAUAUAGUGUUACGUCUAUUGUGUGGUCGCUGCAAUCAAUAGAAGUUCGAUGAACGCCGAGAGCGACGACGACGAUCUUAUUUUGGUUCUAUGCAGCAACAGGGUGAGCCAAAUGACAAAAACCUACAAUGACGUCGAAGCGGUAACACGGCUAUUGGAAGAAAAAGAGAAAGAUUUAGAGUUAACGGCCCGUAUCGGCAAGGAACUGCUUGCUGCGAACGGCCACCUGGAAGCUCGUGUGACGUCACUCGAGGGCGAGCUCCGCAGCGCGCGUGACCACAUCACGCAGCUGCGACACGACCUCAGCGCCAAAACUGAUCUGCUGCAGGUGCUAACAAAUGACACAGAGGAGAUUACAACGCCGACAGAGCAGGAGUCGGCAGGUGCAGUUGCGCUGCGCAAGCGCACCGGCGCACUGGAGCGCGAGAAUCGCGCGCUGCGCGAAGAGGCCGCGCGCCUCGCCGCCGGCGCCGACAGCGCUGAGCUGGCCGAGCAGCAGCUGCUGCGGGACAUAGCACAUCAACUUGCGAGUGCAAAUUCUGAGGCGAGUGCGUUAAGCUCAGAGUUGUUCGAGGAACGUCAGCGAACUAUCGAUUUGCAGCAGCAACUCGACUCUGCAACCGCGAGGCUUGUGGCUACGGAAAGGAACUUCCAACAGCUAACUAAGGACCAUGAACAUACACUACGAAUUCUCGAGAUUACAAGAGAAAAUCAAAAUGCGCUUGCAAGUGAAUUGGCUGAAGCCAAGGAUCGGUAUGCGGAAAUCGCUGCACACCUGGCUGAGGCACAGGAGCAACUUCGGCAACUGCGCAAGCGCGGCGAGCCGGUCCGUGGGCUCAUGCCCAGCGUGGCAGCCGCCGCCGGCCUUUUGCCCGCCUCAUUGCAUCGAGAGAUGCACUCUUCAGUCUACUCCGAGUUCAGUCUCGACUCGGGUAUUGGCGACCCGCUUGCACACUCAAGCAUGGCGAAAGUGUUCGAAACUGUGCAGUGCGCGUCGCGUUGGUCGAACGGGUCGCUGGCGGGCUCGGAUGUGGCUGACGCACCUCAGACCGUCUCAGCUAUCCUUAAGCCAACCCUCAAAUUCUCCAGUGACUCCUUCAUCGAUGAAAUCUCCGAUACCGAUUCAGACGAACUUUACCCUGGCGGGACGGGCGUGGGUGUACCAGGAGCGCCGGGUGCAGCGGAGCUAGCCGCUGCGCUGCGGCGCCUCACGCCGCAGGAGAUCAACGCGCGCCGUGCUUCUCUUUCCGCCUCACACGUAAUCCGCAAUAGGAGACACACGGUGGAGCGAGAGGUGAGUGAGGAGAGCGCAGUGUGGGGUGCAGGCGCUGGCGGUGGGAUGGCCCGGUUCCGCAUGCCGCACAAGCUGCAGAUCGUCAAGCCGCUCGAAGGCUCGCUCACGUUGCAUACUUGGUCGCAGCUCGCCAAGCCCACAAUGUCCGGUCUUCUGGAAGAUCACGAAGGCGUUGGUGUGCGAGGAGCGAGGUCAGCGACCUGCCUAGGACUGCGAUUGUACCGGUUGUCGGACGUAGAGGAGGACGAUGACAUGCCGCGCCUGCCACACUCGAGUCACGUUUACACUUUUACCAACAGCACGGUAUUGCACCCGAACGACGGCAGCCUGGCGGGAAGCAGCGUGAGCAGCGUGUGCAGUAGUGGCAUGAGUAGCCUGUCGAGCAGCGUGCUGGGCAGCGCGUGGAGUUCGCGGAUGACGUCGCGGCGGUCGUCGGCGACCGUGUCGCCCGUGCACUCGCGGCGUGAGUCUCUGUGCCUGCCGCCGUCGCGGCCGCAUUUCUCACCUACGGCCACGCCGGCCAACAGUCCGCUGCUGGGCUCGCCGGAGCAGUCCCCGCCGCCGACGCCGAGACCCGGCGACGCACCGCCGUCGCUGCACACGCUCAUCGCCAGCGGUACUUCCAUCCUUCGGCGGCGCACGGCAGCAUCGCCUGCGUCCGACGCGUCGCCCGCCCCUAUUGCGCUUCAGACGCCCGGAUCGCUUUACACUGGCCUCGUGCACCGUAGUCCCAUGGAACAGCUGACCUGCCUGAAGCGGAACCUGCGCUCGCCGGCCGCGCCGCCGGUUGAGCGUAGCGACUCCGGCGACAUGCCUUUCGGAGUGCCGGCGCACCCCGGCGAGGGCGCGUUGGACGCCGCCACCGCUCCGCUAGGGAGGCGGCCGCGCGCCCGCGCUCCCCGCCCCCGCGCCGACCUGGGCACGGUGGGUGCGCCGCCGCCCGUGCGCCCCGCACCGGCGCAUCAAUCGCCCCUGGGAACUCUGAGCACGCUACUGUUCGGUCGAAAGGGUGGUCUGCUCUGAGGGGAUCAAAUCGUUUUCCCUGAUCUUUCUACGUUAACCCCUACGUCGUUGCGGUCAUCGUCGUGUGUCCGCUAUCCUGGUAGAGGUUUCGGCCCGAAAUCUGGCAUUUAGAUCUAUUUAUUUUGCAAUUUGUGAUUUAACUUUACACUUUUAUAAGUUUUUCUACGAAGUACCUCUUAUAAUUUUUCAGACGUAUACUUGGCAAGUGACCGUCUGCGUAGAUGUUUUAUGCUUUGAUUUCGUUUGUGAUUAUUGUAAGAAGUUCGAUUUUAUUAUCUUGACGUGUAUUUUUGUUGGCGAUUGUUGUGAUUUCAUCAGAGUUAUUUAUGUGCAUUUAUCCGGUUGAUCGAGGGGUAUAAAACUUGCAGCUCUAUUGAGUACCUUUUAUCUCAUGGAAACGAAUUAGUCGAUGUCCACGGUGUGGCAUUUUGAUUUUCUCUCUUUACGUUUACAUUCCUUUUUUAAGAGCUCAAUGAUCAUAACUAAGUGCAGAGAGAAUUGUUGAGAGGACCAAGCGUGCACGUGCAAAAAGAAACUUGUUCCGAUGCGAUAGAAAUGAUACUGGUAAGCAACAAACGAAUUAUAGGUACGGUUUUUAUUAAGUACUUAAUGACUUAUUAGUGAUUUUUUUUACCCUGUGGGUUCAACCCGCGCCGUGCAGUCUGUAAUAGUAUUUAAUAGGCUUUGUAAUUAAUUAAUUUAUUUGUAGUAGGUAAAUAGUGAGACUUAACACUUAGUUUUCACAGCUGCAUCUACAAAAAUAAUUUAUAAAUCAUACUGCUUUCAAAUUUGUAAUUGCGGUAUUAUCGUGCGAAUAAAUAAUUAUUUAGGAAAUGAAAAUAUUUUCCGGAUUUAAAUCGCGUAUAUUUGUCGUAAAUCCGCGUAAAUCCGGAAAAUAGUUUCAUUUCCUAUGUGUAAAAAUCGCGAUAAGAACUCGAUAAAUAAUUAUUUGUUUAGUAAAUAAAUAUUGUUAUAGAUCAUUGUAAAUAAAUCGACUUCCAUUAAUUUAGAAGAGUACAAAUCAUUCUUUCGUCAGGGAAACUAUUAGUAAUGUAACUAACAAUUAAUACGAGUUAAAUAUUUUUGUUCAAUUUUGUUAGACUUUGUCUCUUCUCUCGUACUGAGAAUGUAAAUAUUGUACUGUAACGAAAAAGUUAAAUCGAUAAUUUAUUUGCUUGAUUUUGGUGGAUUUAGUUGAAAUUGUUAAUAAUUUAGGGUCUCAAUAUAAAUAAUGGUGCAUGCCAUAGAUUAAGUAGUUUUGAAAUUAAUUGGAAGGAAAUGACGUUAGCCGAUGCGAGAAUGGUUGUUGCGUAGUUAAUAAAAGAAGCGAAAGUCGCUGUCAAGAAACGUUGUAUAAAUAAAUCCGCAUUCUGCAUCACAAUAUGUUAUCAUUUUGUUACAAUCGAGAUUGAUCCAAUGUUGUCUGUAAUUCAAUUAAUAAGUUUACAGAAAUCGGUGCUACAUAGAAUACAACCAGUAAAGUUUGUUGAUUUAUUUAUUGACUUAGCAUUGCGCUUAAUAAAUACAUUGUCUAAUUUUUGUGUUUAUCGUUUCAAAAUUAACACCUUAGAAAGUAAUGGAAAUGAUAUUUUUACAUUGUGGGAACGGAGGUGAGUAGCUAUUUUUGAUUAACACAAAGGUCAGGCAGUGUGAUUAACUCUAUUGGUAUUAAAGUUGGUACGAUACCACGUGCUGGACUAUAAAGUAAUAUUCACUUGUGUUUUUGUUAUACGUAAGUAUUGUGUUGUCCAAGAUAUGAUAAUUAACAGACUGA